AAUAUUCAUAGGUUAAAACGACUCAGAACAUUGAGUUAAGAAUGAUGAAAACCAACUAACUUAUACAUAGUUUGUGAGGGGUAUUUGGACUUCUAUCGUAAAGUUUGUUACAUUCGUUGCCAAGCCUUUUGUUGUACCAACUGAGUGUUGAUUUGUUUUGAAAGUUUCCGCUGAAGUCAAAAAAUUAUGACGGAUAACGCUAAGAAGUGCGAAAAUAAUGUCCAAGUAUUUUCAUUUGGAUCAAUAUCAUCAGAAUGGUAAAUACAUAUUGAAAUUACUUUUGCAGUGAAAUAAAAUGCAUAAUACCCGAAAAAGUGUGCAAGUUAGCGCAUAGAAUGAUUACUCAGUGUCGUCACAGUAGCUUGAAAACAUAUCUGUAUGGGAAGUAUUCUUUCGUUGGAGUUUCAAACCUACAUAUUUCAGUGAAUAGGAUUGAGUUAAAUAGAGUUCACUGUCAUCCGUGCCUCUGCGAUGAAUUUCUGAUACCUUUUGAGCUUUCUAAAUGUGAUGUAUCUGACAAUAUGGAUAGACAGUUUUUAGAUUUCGCCAUUCAAUCUAUCUGGAACGAGUUUAGUCUUAAACCAUUGAGUUUGGAUAUCACCAAUUGUAUUCAGUUCAAAGCAUAUGCCUCUGUUUCGAACAACUUUAACAGUAGGACUAAUAGACGACUACAGGACACUUCAGAGGGAGAUAUGAAUUCUAAGAUGUAUUUCUCAAAGUUCAAAAUGGACUGCUUAGUGUUAGACUGUUUAGUGAGUCUAACACCAAUAAGUAAACCAUCUUUAGUUUCCUCUGUACUUGUUAAAAGUCUUGAGACACGUGAAUUUCAUUUGUCUAGAUUUACAGAUUUACUAAGUGAAUUUGAUAAUGAAUCUGAUAUACGUACUGGUUAUAUGAACUUGACUGAGUCCGGGCAAAUUUCCCUUCACUUAGAUACAGACCCCACUGUUCUAAGUUCAUCUCCAAUUGGAAUAUGGAUUUCUGGAAUCAAAAAUGCUUGUGAUUUCCGUGUAUGGAAAGCUUGCUUACAAUUCAUUUUGGCUAGUAAUGCCCAGAUGAAUUCAGAGAACGAUGCAUCUAUGCUAUUGGGAGUUUACGGAAAUUCAGGUGUACCGCAUUUCUAUCGUACUGCCUUUGUACCUUCUCACGAAACCGAUCUUUGUAAUUCUUUCUCAGUGUUUAUAGCAUUCAACCGGCACAAUACAGAGCCCAUUCAGUUUAAGUUCACACUUUUAUCAAGUCGUGAAGUCUGUACAUCUUCGUCAAGAUCCAAAGCCUCGGAAUAUUUUACUUGGGAUUUGGUGAAAAAGACGCCAGAUAACAAAAAAGAAUUGGCUGCGUUGAAAGACUCAGUCAAACAAUUUUGUAAUUCUGUUCAUGGUUUACAGUAUUCUCAAGGUGAAGUUAUUAACCAAGCAACUUUUAUACCAUGUUCUACAAAAUCAGAAACGUCCAUCGUUCCUAAACCUAAAAACUGGAACAAUACAACUAACAGUUCGACCUUUCGUUCAUUUGAUGACGAAUUUAAGAGUUUGGAUUUCUCAGGUUCGCAUAUUCCAGAGGCUUCUUUACUGUUUGAAGAAAGUGUAAAGACUUCAUAUUCAAAUUUAGGAGGGAAUCGUACUUGCCAAAUCACUUCAGAGCAGUUACAUGAAGAAUCUUUACCCAGAGAACCUCCUAGAAAAUCUAAUGGUUCCCUUAAAAUUGAUGGUGUUUCGAACAACUGUUUCAUUCAAGAAGAUGUUACAGAAUAUGACCCAAGCCGUUAUCAAAAUUCCUGUAAACCCGAAACUAAAAGCUCUCCAGUUCAUAUGACGUUGCCGCAAGAUACGGAAUAUAAAGUAAAUAAAAAUGAUCAGAAAAGUACAUUCUCCGAAAUUCUGCCUGCAUUUGAUGAUACAAAUACAACUGUAUAUCUUCAGAAUAUCCUUUCUAAUCUUCCUUUUUGUCAGUUGGAACGUCUUGAACAGAUCAUUACAGUGAUAUUAAACAAAGAUAAUUCAGACCAUGUUAAAGAAGAUCCUCAUAGAGAUAGCCUUGAUUGUGAAAAUGAUCAGGACACUUUGCAUAAGAACAAUCUUAAAAAAGGCAUCAGCGUUGGCGUUAACACAACUUUUUUAACCAGCGAUACCAACUUGAAACAUAAAGAAAAAGUAAGUGAUUUUGGGAGCUUUCAUAGUAAUCAAAUAGACCAGUCUCUACCCACGAUUAUCUCAACCGCUAACGAUGAGCAUGAAACGAGAUAUCAAGACAAUAAUAUACACCAAACUCACGUGAAAACUGUGGACACCAAAGUUACUUCUAGCCCUAUUUUUAAAGUGACAUCUACAAGCCAAGUUAAAGAAGAAACGAAAAUGCAGUUGGAUUCACAACGUCAGAAUGAUACAGUAGACAAAUACAGUUUGCUGUUAGUAAGUUUAAGAAAUGUCUUUUUUAUACGAAUGCCUUUCAUCUGUAAGUCGUUAAAAGCUUUCUUCGUUUAAUUCGAUAUUUAUUUUAGAAGCUAAACAGUCACCGUUUACUGACCCAUAUAAUCUACCACCGACUAGUAAAUUUAAACUGUCACAUUAUAUAUUUUACACACAAAAAGUAACCAAUCAACAUUUUUGCUGACCCAUGAGGGAGAAAUCACAUUGAGAACUCGGUUGCAAAAAGAAGGGUUUUGCAACUUUUUCUUGUGUUUCUCUGGUCCUGCGUCUUUUCAAUUAUACUCUCUUUUAUUUUGCCCCGUAUUUCAUCACAUUUUCCUGCGUUACCUCGCGGAAAUGUCCAUUGAGUAUAUUUCUAGUCCCAGCCUGUAACAAAGGUUACACAUGAUGGAUGCAUAUACUACUGUGGGAUAUAUUAAUGUGUCUAUCUCUACUCUAAUCUUUGUGGACCAAUGCAGUGGAUGCAUUACCAGCCUAUCGCAUGUAAAGAAUGACUGUAAUACGGAUAUGAAAACAUGGUAUCGCUUUUUAAAUGGUUUUUCUACACAGAGGUGUGAUGGUUUGUCAUAUAUUUGACACAGACUGGCUGAUAAAAGCAACAUAAAUCCUCGCAUUCAGGUGCAUCGGCUGAAGUUGCUACACCUCACAGUAGUACACAAAGAACAACUUUCAAUGAUAUACUGUUGGACUGUCUAUACGCGCGUAAUAAAAUUUGGGGCGAAUAUGAUAUUAGUGCUUAAGGCAUGCUGACAACUGAUCCAUCAUCUAUAAAAAUUUGUUGAUAUAUGCUACAGAAAAACAUGUGAUUAUGUCUUUUUUAACGGAUUUACUAGGCACCAAAGGAUUUAUAACUUGAAGUAAAAGAGCGAAUUCCUCAAAACACUUUAAUCUCUUUUGUCCAUCGUUCUUCCACAUACUACUCAGACCACUACAAGUGAUUAUGUGGUGUGUAGAUGCUCAAGAACAUAAUAAACAUAAAAUUCAUGCUAUCGGUUUAUCUUCUCGAAAACGUUUAUGCACCUGAAAUCGAAAUUCGCUGCCGUUUCUAUGAAUGGCAUACUUUAAUCACAUUUCUGGAUUAGUUAAGAUUAUCUCGUUGGGAUUAAACAUUGACAAGUUUCCUUAGGCUACAAUCUCCAUUAAAUAUCAAUUUUUCUGUGUCACUUUGCUGGUUGUAAGUUAUCCCACUUCUGGAUAACACCUAUCCUAGCAUAAAAGGGUUGUUUGCAGUAUACCCUUGACAAUGAUAGAGUAAAAUGUCUUUCAUUGUUAAUUAACUGUAUAAUUCACUUGGUUUUAGGUUUUCCGGGUUUAUUGUAGUCGAUUUGAGCAGAUUAACAGCAACCAAUAGAAAAGUGUAUCUUAAGUCUUUUUAUUUAUAAGCUACACUGGGUUCGGGUAUUUUGGAACUGAAACCUGAUGUUGGCAUAGAACAAAGUAUAUCCCAUUUCUUGUUAAACAAAUCACAGAACAUCUGCAAAAACACUUUUCGAUACAAGUUGGUUACAAUUCAGUUGUAAAGCCAAUUGUUUUGCACACUAUUCAAAUUUACUUUUGAUUUGAUGUAGAUAAAGAUCUUUUCGAUAAAACAGCUUAAAUAUAUGGAGAAAUAGACGUGUGUGUUCGCGUGUAACCCGGAAUCCUAAGCUGUCUAUCGUUAAAGUAUAUAGUAUUAACUGAAACCAACAUUUCAUUAUUCAUCAUUCACGUAUGAUUUUUUAACAGGCAAAUAUUCAACAAGUUUUGAAUAAUAGAGUGAGUUGUGAUUCUCUUUCAUCUGUAUCACAUCAAAAUAAUCAGAAGUUGAUGAGCUCCGAUAAUCAAAAGGCUCAAAUUCAUAGUGAAGAACUACCAGCAUCCAAUUCUAUUCCUGCUGCACUUCAUCAACAAAACAACUUUAUCGAGUAUAAUUUAACUAAGUUUAAAAAUCCAGAGAGAGUCAACCAAAGAGUAUCAAGCUGGUUGUCGUCCGAUCCCAACAGUGUAUAUGACAAUCAGCCAUCACCGUCCGCUGAAGUUGGCGAUGCUGUAUUACCCAUCAGCAGUUAUCUUACGAGGACGCAAAGCCAUACCUCCGACCGUUUCCCUCCAACAAACCAAGUCAAUUCGAAUCACAAAUAUGAGAUUCUAAAUCCUCUACAUAAUAUGCAUACAAAUAAAGUGAAACAACAGGACCGAAAUCUUCUGAUGAGUGUUUUCUCCAGUGACACCAACCAAAGUCUUUAUUUAGCCUCCUUGGUGAACAAGUAUUUGGGGCCCGAACUGCUCGAUAGUACAAGAGAAGGUUCUAUGGAAAUCGACUACAGUAUGGCCACACUGGAUUACAUGAAACGGCAUGGUAUAAUUGAAGAUUUUAAAUCGGACGAAAGUAAAUCAGAUAGUCCACCAGUAAGCAGCACUCCAACAACUUACCGCAAAAAUGCAUCAAUGAAGUAUGCUCGCCAUUACACUCGGCAAAAUGAUUGUAUCCAUCCUCUAUCCAUUCGUCCGUCAUCUUCAAUUCCAUUUGCACCCAUGGCGCCAAAGUCCUCUGAUCUACAAGCAAGUUUAACUAUCGGAGAGUCGUUACCAAACUUAUUAAAUGGUCUACGUCUUGAUCAAUCCCAUGUGACUCAGCAUGUUAACAUUACCAACACGGAUAUCAAAUACCUCUCUACACUAAGUGAUAGCACCUUGGAAACGUGCAAUUCCAACAGUCCGAUUCUACCGGUUUCGGAUUAUGCUCAUAUUACGGAUUACACAUCAAGUGUCAUAAACAAUCCGAUACUUGACUUGGAACGAUUGCGGUCACUCCCUAAACUAUUGUGACGUAUCUCUUUAAUGAACCAAAACCAAAGAAGCAUUUUGUGAUAUACACAAAUGUAUUGUAUCUUAUUUAGCAUUUUACCUGUUUUAUACAAAAAUAAAUUAUAGUCAACAC